GUUUACAUAUUAAUUCUCCUAAAAAUCGAAGACAAGUGGGAGACUGUCGCCUACGCUCGUUCUUAUCCCAGGAAGCCUACGUUGCAGUCGAGCGUACAAGAUGAUACGAUUAAAGAUCUAACAGGCAAAGUAAAGAUUGACUUCAAGAAUGAGGAUUGUUUACGAGUACUUACAGAAGUAUUAUUAAAGCAUGAUUUUAAUCUAGAAGUAAAAAUACCACCAAAGAAAUUAAUACCUACUUUACCAUUACGUUUGAAUUAUAUUUUAUGGAUAGAAGAUUUAAUGAAACAUUCUUCUUUUAAUGACAUGGAAGAAGUAGUAGGAAUAGAUAUUGGUACAGGUUCAGUUUCCAUUUAUCCUUUGCUAUUUGCAAAAAUGUAUGGAAAUCAAAUGAUUGGGACAGAAGUUGAUGAGACUAGCAUACAAACAGCUAUUCAACAGAUUGAAAAUAAUAAAUUGCAACAUUUAAUAAAAAUACUAAAAGUAGAUGAACAAACAAUUUUGAAAGGUGUAAUUAAUGAAGAUAAAGUAUAUCAUUUCACAAUGUGUAAUCCACCUUUUUUUAAAAUAGAGGAAGACUCAGAAAAAGUACAGAAACGUUUGCCACCAAGAAAUGCUCCAACUGGAAAUAACAAUGAACUUACAGUUCAAGGUGGUGAGAGACUAUUUGUGAUGCAAAUGAUUAAUGAAAGUAUAGAGAUAAAAGAAAAAGUUAAAGUUUAUACCACAAUGUUUGGAAGAAGAAGCAAUUUAUUAUUUUUGUUGAAAUUUUUAAAAAGAAAAAAUAUAGAGAAUGCAACAUGGACAGAAUUCUGUCAGGGUCACACAAAACGAUGGGGAUUGGCAUGGACAUUUCUGCCAAAAGAUGUUAUUGACUUGACAAAUGCACCUGUCAUAAGAAAAAGUGGAGAUUACAUUGCAAAGUUAUUAAGAGAAAAACGUCCAACCGAAUUACAAUUUCCUAUGCAACAUAAAUUUCCUUCCUUUGAUAAUGCAAUCAACUUUUUAGAAGAAACAUUGGAAGAGUUAAAUGUGCAAAUUAAGGAAUUGAAUUUACCCAUUGAUGAUUUCAAUGGUUGGUCGUGUCAGUUGGUUGCGGAAAACGAUACGUGGUCUUAUGCACGAAGAAAGCGUCGAUUAGCUCAAAGACAAUUGGACCAAUUUAAAGAUCAUGACAGUGAAAAUAGAAGUACAUCAAAUCAUACAGAACAUUUGUCAGAGAAAUUAAUUGAAAAUAAUUCAAAAGAUACAAUUGAACAAAAAACAAUUCCACCAUCAAAAGAAAAAUCUGUUGCUAGAGAACCUUUGUUAAUAUGUAGUUUUUUCGUUGAAUUAAUAGAACAAGAAGAAUCUGAAAAUGAUGAUAUAAAAAUAUCAAUGAUCUUUGAAAAAGGAACAGGUGGAAAAAAUGCUUUAGAAACAUUUAAACAGUACUUAAUAAACAAAUUAAAUCUAAGAGAGUAUUUUCAAAAGCAAAGUGCUAGGCCUAAUAAGAAGAAAAGAAAACGAUUGAAAAGUAAUACGAGUAAUAAAUGUGAAACUGAUGUUAGUUCGCAAGAAGACGAAAAAUCGUUUGAAAACAGUGUGGAGUCUGUCUAGAUUGUUAAUUCAUGUUCUGUAUAAAAUGGUUUAUUUUAUCUCAGUUUUAUGAAAUUAUGUAACAGUAUGCACUGGAUUUAAUGAUGGCAACUAGAAUGGGAAACUGACAGUAAUGUUUAAAUGGCACAAACAAUGAUCUCAAAUGUGUACUAGCAAAAUAGCCUAUUAAAGAGGUACAAAAAAAAAAA